AUGGCUUCCGCUAUUCUCGCUUCCCUCUUCCACCCCUCGGAAGUCCUGGCCCUGGUCCAGUACAAGCUUGCACCCAAGACCAAGUACGACUACACCAACGACAAGGCCAGAGAGCGUCUCUACCACCACUUGAACAUGACCUCCCGUAGUUUUGCUGCCGUCAUCCAGGAUCUCGACGAGGAGCUCAAGGACGCCAUCUGCCUUUUCUAUCUCAUUCUUCGUGGACUCGACACAAUUGAGGACGACAUGACCAUUGACCUCGAGACCAAGAUCCCUUACUUGAAGACUUUCCACGAGAUCAUUUACCAGAAGGGAUGGACUUUCACCAAGAACGGCCCCAAUGAGAAGGAUCGCCAGCUGUUGGUCGAGUUCGAUGUUGUCAUCGAGGGUUUCUUGGCGCUGAAGCCUGCUUACCAGACUAUCAUUGCUGACAUCACCAAGCGUAUGGGCAACGGCAUGGCUCAUUACGCUACUGCAGGAAUUCACGUCGACACCACUGCUGACUACGACGAAUACUGCCACUAUGUUGCUGGAUUGGUUGGCCUCGGCCUGAGCGAGAUGUUCAGUGCCUGCGGUUUCGAAUCUCCAAUGGUUGCCAAGAGAAAGGACUUGUCCAAUUCGAUGGGUCUCUUUUUGCAAAAGACUAACAUCACUCGCGACUACUUGGAGGACUUGCGCGAUAACCGCCGAUUCUGGCCCAAGGAGAUUUGGGGCUUGUACGCCGAGAAGUUGGAGGAUUUGGUUAAGCCCGAGAACUCCGACAAGGCUAAGCAGUGUUUGAGCCAUAUGGUCUCGAACGCCAUGGGACACAUUAAGGAUGUGCUGGAGUAUCUCGAGAUGAUCAAAAACCCCUCCUGCUUUAAGUUCUGCGCCAUCCCCCAGGUCAUGGCCAUUGCCACCCUCAACAUGUUGCACACCAACUACAAGAUCUUCACACAUGAGAACAUCAAGAUCCGCAAGGGAGAGACCGUCUGGUUGAUGAAGGAGUCCGACAACAUUGACAAGGUCGCUGCCAUUUUCAGAUUGUACGCCCGUGAGGUCAACAACAAGUCCGACCCAUUGGAUCCUCACUUUGUCGACAUCGGCGUUGCUUGCGGCGAGAUUGAGCAGAUCUGCGUGGGCAAGUACCCUGGAUCCACUGCAGAGCUUGCCCGCCUCCAAGCCGGAGUGAUGGCUGGAACAAGCGGCAGCGUCAUUACGGCCGCCGCUGUUGUCGCCGGAGCCGUUGUCCUCAAGAGCACUUUCGCAUAG